CCUCGAGAUUCAUUACUCCCCCGCGGUCAGUAGCCGCCCGGUCUCCACCUGCAGCUCACGCUGCCAUACGAUGUUAACUGCGCGUUAUCACACACUCCGGUGAACAUUAACAACAUGUACAAAAAAACUAUUUACGUAUUAUUAAUAGCAGUUUUGAUUACUGCAUACGCUACUGAAGGGAAGAAAUCAAGAAGAAGUCGAAGACCUAACAAUGAAGAGGACACCACACCGCAGCCUAGUGUGGUCUCAUAUUCUACCUUUGGAUUUAAUGACGUGGGAUCUUACGACGGAUUUGUGCCGACUUCACCGGACUAUGCGAGUUAUCUGAGUGAUAAUCAAGAAUCAACUACAAGGUUGUAUGCACCAGCGUUUCCAUCAUCUCCAGAUUCUACAGGAUUUAACAACAAUUUUGGUUCUCCACUAGAAGGUGCAUUCGGCAACAGUGAUGAUAGUGUACCGCAAUCAAGUAUGGUCCAAUAUCCUCAAAGUUCUGUUAGCUUUUUUAACACUCCAAGUUUUGAUGGAGGUAAUAGUCCAAAUGCAAAUUAUAAUGAACAAAAUAGACAGAGUGAUGAUGACCCAACAGGCCUUGUAUACGGAACCAAACUUAAUUCUAAAAGCAAAAAGAAUUUGAAUCAAUUUAAUCACACCGAGUUUAAUGUGUACAGCAGUGGACCUUUGGCAAAUGCGAAUGAUUUAGCAUCACGAUUCGUUAUGCCUGGGAUUCCAUCAACACAUGAAGGGAAAAAUCCUUAUGGUGAGUCUACACAUGAUCAAAAUAUUCAUAGUUUCGGUUCAAAUUAUCCAUCUUCUGAUGUUGAUGAUUUUGUAAAACCAGCUUCGUCUAAUCCACACAAUGCCCUUAAAUUCCCAAGAGUCAUUGAUUUCACGAACAUCAAACAAUUUUAUCCCACAGAGAUUGAUGACAAAUAUCAGGUAGCAAGCUAUAGCUCCAUUUUCAAUAAUCAAAAUGAAAAUAAUAUGUUUUCUAAUAAUGAUGAGCCAAGUAAUAAAUUUAUUCAACCAACAAAAACAAUAAAAGAUACUUCAUCUUUCAACACUCAAUACAGGGAUAAAAAUUCUGAUAAAGAAUCGAUCAAGCAAAGUUCAUAUCAAAAUCAAGAGUAUAGUAGACCAAAUUUCAUAGGCUCCUCCCCAAAUAAACCAAGUUACAAAGGCUCUAAUUAUAAUUUAGAUUACAAAGAUAAUUUCAAGAAUAAAUGGAACUCAGGAAAUUACAGUAACAACGAACCACAAGCUGCGAAAAUGUCAACAAAAGGGUACGAAUAUUCCACUGAUUUUAGCAAUACUAGUUUUAGAUACGAUUUUGAAGAAGACAAAAAGCCUUUUAAUAUUAACACUGACGAGCUCGUCCCUGAAAGUAGUAACUUGGUUGAUUUGACGAGUUAUAACAUACCCGAUAACGAUUUUUUUAAAUUCAAAAAAGUACCCGAAAUAGUAAAAUACCCAUUUGAUGACGACUUUGGUGCACACUUGAGUAAAGAUAAAUACAAAAACGACGAAUUUAUCAAUCAAUUUAAGAACUUGUAUGCGACCACUCCAGCUGGUCAAUGGGGAAAUGCAUUUACGUCUAACGAGUAUUCAUAUAAGCAUAGACCUAAAAAACCGCAGUUUGAUGAAAUCAAUACUGAUAUUGUACACAUACCAAAAAGACCAAGUAGUAACUACAAGUACAACUUUGGAAAGAAUCAAGAAAGUAAGCCUACUGAGUGGCCAAAAACCAGGCCGUAUAAAUCAAAUAAAUUUGAGAAACCCUCAGAUUGGAAUAAAGAAGUCUUUAGCACUCGAUUUAAACUAGAAGAAGAUUUACUAGGUCUCAGAAAUCAUGAUACGUCACAUUCGUCGUACAUUCCACCUCAUAGACCCAACAAUAAUAAUGACCUUGUCGAACAGAACGAUUACAAAAAGUUAGUAGAGAAAUGGAGACAAUCAUAUUUGAAGAGCAAAUAUAAAGAUGCCUACCGCGACUACGAAAGCUAUGCAUCAGAAGCGAAACCUCUUCAUGUACCUAUCCCCAAACCAUAUCCGAUAGAAGUUCCUCAUCCGGUGAUUGUGCCGGUUCCACAACCGUACCCGGUGCGGGUACCGGUACCUAAACCGGUGGCGGUGCCGGUCAUCCGGGAGCUCACCGUACCUAUUGAGAAACCGGUGCCGUACCCGGUUAUCAAAAAAGUUCCUUACCCAGUAGAGAAGCCUGUCCCUGUGCCCGUUGAAAAGGAGGUUCACGUUCCAGUGGUGAAACCAUACCCAGUGCACAUCCCCCACGUGAGGCCAGUGUUUCACCACUCACGGCCUCCUCGAGAGGACUUCGACGAGAUAGAUGCAGAUGAAGAUGACUAUCUACCGCGCCCUGAGGGUAGUAAGAGAAUACCACCAUAUAAGAAGAGACCAAGAACCACGCGUGUGCGUCCACGCAGGCCCACUCGCACCUCGUACCGCGACCGCAACACGCGGGAGAGGAGACGGUGGCCCAUUGGAUACAGGCCAUCAGAAACUAGAAGUAGACGACCCCCCACAGAAUACCACCACUCCCCACCAUACAAGUACCACGAAUUCGAAUCGGAACACUACGAAAACGAACCAACUGACUAUUACUAUUUGCACUGCAAGAGAACUGGCAAUUGUUGAGCUAAGCAAAUUCAUGGCUAUGCCUUGUAACUUCAUGGAGAUCUCUUAAAGGUAUUUUCUUAGGACGAGUGUUCGAAGUAAAAUAAC